GCCAACAAAUCGGGUUACAAACCGAAUUACAGCCGCAUCCUGAAUAGUGUAUAGGAUAAUAGGACACAAGGAAAGCAAAUUAGUGCGGCAGGGCGGGGGAGAAAAAGCGGGGAAGUUAUCCGGAAGUAAAAGCCAGUCCCCCUUCCAGUUCCCCUUCCAGUUCCAAGCUCUCUGAAUCUCAUCAAGAUCUAGCCAGAAUGGGUGCCGGAUUUCAAUGCAAAGCCGACGAGGAUGGGGGUGAAAGUCUCACGGAAAGCUAUGCUGCUCCGGUGGUUGUGGGUCUGCAGCCGUCAGCUCUGGUGGAUCACAUAGCUACGGUCGAUUUGUCUCUUCUCUCCCUAAUCCCCGGAGAGAUUGGAGGCUCCUUCCCUGUUGAAACUGAAGAGCUGAAACAUAUUCUGAACAAGAUUAAUGCAUAUAUCCUUCCAACCCCAGAAAAUAUGUCCCCUUUGAAGACGAUAGCUGGAGGAAGUGUAGCAAACACGAUCAGGGGGUUGGCUGCUGGGUUUGGGGUUCACUGUGGAAUAAUCGGCGCAUAUGGAAAUGAUCAACAAGGAAUGUUAUUCUCAAAUAAUAUGAGCUCUUACCAAGUGGAUAUCUCUAGAUUGAGGCAAAAGAAUGGACACACAGCUCAGUGUGUUUGUAUGGUUGAUGAAUAUGGCAAUCGUACAAUGCGUCCCUGUCUUUCAAGUGCUGUGAAAGUUCAGGCUGAUGAACUGAAGAGGGAGGAUUUCAAAGGGUCAAAGUGGUUAGUGCUAAGAUAUGCAAUACAAAACUUAGAUGUUAUCAAGACAGCCAUUCACAUGGCCAAACAAGAAGGCCUCUGUGUCUCGCUUGAUCUCGCCAGCUUUGAGAUGGUGAGGAAGUUUAGGUUGCCACUUAUCGAUUUAUUAGAGUCUGGGAACAUAGACCUUUGCUUUGCAAAUGAGGACGAAGCAAAGCAGCUGCUAAGCAGUGAAGAAGAUAUAAAUCCUGAGGCAGCAAUUGGAUUUUUAGCGCAAUACUGCCGGUGGGCGGUUAUCACACUGGGCCAAAAUGGGUGCAUUGCAAUACAUGGAAAAGAGGUGGCGCAUGUUGGGGCAAUAGGAGAGUCAAAGGCAAAGGAUGCAACCGGGGCAGGAGACUUGUUUGCAAGUGGGUUUCUGUAUGGACUGAUAAAGGGUCUGUCACUCGAAGAGUGCUGUCGAGUCGGUUCAUGCAGUGGUGGUUCGGUCGUAAGAGAUCUUGGAGGUGAGGUCACUCCUUUAAACUGGCUGUGGAUGUACAAGCAAAUGAUGUCCCAUGGGCUUGCGGUGCCCUCUCUCAGCAGCACUUCUGAAUCAGGAGUUUCAUAAUAUUCUAUUUUUUAUUCAUUCAUAUAUUUUGCAUAUGGCUAGCUUUUUCUCUUCUUACCCCCACCCUCACACGCAUUGCUUCCCUAAAAAAGGAUUAGGUAAGAAAAGGGACAAAAACUGUUGGGUUUCUAUGAAUCUGCUUUAGUGUUUUUAAUUAUUUUUUGGAAUCGAAAUUUGAACCAAAAUAUGGUUUGCCAUAAAUUUGAUUCUUUUGAGAUUAAAGUGAACGGAA